AUGUCCAGAACAACGAUCCAGAUGGCAACAAAAACGACGAUGAAGCUUGGUAAGUCACUAGCUCUUGUAUCUUCAGUCAGAAUACGUUCAAGCCACAAUCGCUUGCUCACAGUUGAUGACGCGGACAAUGACAGUGAAGCCGACGACGUGGACGAGGAUGGAGAAUCCAAUGACGGGGAUUUUGGAGGAGAUGAUGACGAGGGCGGCCUUGAGGGCGACGAGGGUGGAGAUGUUGGUGGAGGGGACUUUUGA